AUGAGGACCUCGAGCUCUCUCUCUCCUGGACUUGCUCUGAGCCCCGCUUGCACCAUGGCCUCGAUCCCGGUCCUCCGCGUCCAGGCCAAGAGCUCGCCUCAGCCCAUCGCCGUCGUCGCCUUUGCCUACUCGCUCCCGCCCGCCGCCCUCAAGCUCGAGUGGGUCCACUCGCUCCCCGCCGACGCCAACGGCGCAAACUGCCAGCUCGACAUCAACAACAAGUCCGUCUACGGCACCACCGACGUCCUCAAGGCCCUCGCAGACCAACACGCCGGCGACGGCGCCCUCGGCUCCGACAGCGCCCAGUCGACCGACAUCCUCAAGCUCCUCCUCCUCCCGCCCGCGUUCCCCCCGACUUUCCCGACCGCGACCGCCUUCCUCGCCUCGCUCGAGCAGCGCUUGACCCUGCGCACCUACGCCGCCGCCAACCGCCCGACCGUCGCCGACUAUGCCCUCUUUGGCGCACUCAAGACCAACACGAUCGCCCAGACCCUCCUCGCCAAGGCGCCCCACACCCACCGGUGGUACAACCACGUCGCUCAACUCGCUCCGGUCGCCAAGGCCCUCGUCGACGUGCCCGCCCAGGCCAAGGUCAAGCCCGCUGCCGCCCCCAAGGCCGCCGCCGCCGCCGCCGCCGAGGACGACGCCGCCGGCGGCAAGGCCAACUCGACGUUCGAGCUCGGCCUGCCCAACGCCAUCAAGGGCCACGUCGUGACCCGUCUCCCGCCCGAGCCGAGCGGCUACCUCCACAUCGGUCACGCCAAGGCGGCCGUCCUGAACCAGUACUUUGCGCGCAUGUACGACGGCAAGUUCCUCGUCCGCUUCGACGACACCAACCCGAGCAAGGAAAAGGCCGAGUUUGAGCAGAGCAUCAUCGAGGACCUCGCCCUCCUCGGCAUCAAGGCCGACGCGACGAGCUACACGAGCGACUACUUUGACCAGCUGCAGCAGUACUGCGUCGAGAUGAUCAAGCGCGGCAAGGCCUACGCCGACGACACCGAGCAGGAGACGAUGCGCGCGCAGCGCAUGGACGGCAUCGCGUCGGCGCGCCGGGACCUGUCGGCCGACGAGUCGCUCGCGCGCUUUGCCGAGAUGGCGACGGCCUCGCCCGAGGGCAAGCGGUGGUGCAUCCGCGCGCGCAUGUCGGUCGACGACCCCAACAAGGCCCUGCGCGACCCCGUCAUCUACCGCGUCAACGACCUGCCGCACCACCGCACCGGGUCCAAGUGGAAAAUGUACCCGACGUACGAUUUCGCGUGCCCGGUCGUCGACUCGCUCGAGGGCGUCACGCACGCGCUGCGCACCAACGAGUACCGCGACCGCAACCCGCAGUACCAGUGGAUGCUCGACGCCCUCGGCCUGCGCAAGGUCGACGUGUGGGACUUUGGGCGCCUCGCGUUCGUCUACACGCUCCUCAGCAAGCGCAAGCUCAAGUGGUUCGUCGAGCAGGGCCACGUCUCGGGCUGGGACGACCCGAGGUUCCCGACCGUCCGCGGUAUCCGCCGUCGCGGCAUGACGGUCGAGGCCAUCACGCAGUUCAUGCUGCAGCAGGGCCCGUCGCAGGCCUUCCUCAACCUCGAGUGGGACUCGAUCUGGAACACCAACAAGCGCGUCAUCGACCCUGUCGCGCCGAGGCAUGUCGCGCUCGCGACCGAGGGCCUCGUCCCCGUCACGGUCCUCGGCGGCGAGGGCAAGCCCGCCCCGGGCCAGGUCGAGCUCAAGGACGUGCCCAGGCACAAGAAGAACCCGGACGUCGGCACCAAGAAGACGUGCUACGCCGACAAGGUCUUUGUCGAGCAGGCCGACGCGGCGACGUUUGCCCAGGACGAGGAGGUCACGCUCAUGGACUGGGGCAACGCCAUCGUGCGCACGAUCGAGCGCGACCCGGCGUCGGGCCUCGUCACGGCGCUCGGCGUCGACCUGAACCUGUCGGGCGACUUCAAGAAGACCAAGAAGAAGGUGACGUGGCUCGCGGGCCCAAAGGCGCCGAGCGACGCCCGGGACCUCGUCAAGUGCACCUUGCUCGACUACGACUACCUCAUCACCAAGAAGAAGCUCGAGGAGGACGACAGCGUCGAGGCGCUCCUCACGCCCCAGACCGAGUUCCGCACGUCGGCCGUCGCCGACCACAACGUCGCGUCGCUCGCCAAGGGCUCGAUCAUCCAGUUUGAGCGCAAGGGCUUCUACAUCGUCGACCGCGCGUUCGACUCGUCCAAGCCCGACGAGGCCGUCGAGCUCAUCCUCAUCCCCGACGGCAAGGCGAGCAGCAUCGCGCUCAAGUACCAGCCGCCGGCCGCUCCCGCCUCGCAGGACAACAAGAAGGCCAAGGGCGCCAAGUCGGCGGCGCCGGCAAAGGACAAGGUCGCCGCCGCCGCGGCGGCGCAGGGCAAGAAGGCGGCGCCGGCCAAGAAGGGCGGCAAGCUGCCUGACGUGGCUCCGGCCGAGGCGGUCGAGACGGUACUCCUGAGCGAGGGCGAGCAGGGCUACGAGAUCCCGGUCAAGACCAAGAUGUACGGUGUGCCCAACCUGCACGCCGACGCGGCGAGCAACGUGUUCGUCAAGCACAACAUGUACGACGUGCCGCCGAUCAACGAGUAGAGCCGCUGUCUCUCUCCUGCUGCCACGCCCGCCAUGCAACACAAGGGCUUUCGUAUCCUCGAC